AUGUGUACUGGAAAAUGCUCCUUUUUUGUCGCCAUCACUCUGUACCAGCUGGCGCUUCUGUCUGUCAUCUGCAACAUUCUGCUGUUCUUCCCUGACUGGAAGGUCACAUAUGCCAAAGAGGGAAACAUUACUGAGGAGGUGAAGUACAUGGGGGGAUUCAUUGGAGGGGGUGUUUUGGCUCUGAUCCCAGCUCUUUACAUCCAUCUGACCGGAGAACAGGGCUGCUGCGCAAAUCGCUUUGGGAUGUUCAUUUCCAUCGUAUUUGCAGCUGCAGGUGUCGCCGGCGCCGCAUACAGCUUCAUUGUGGCGCUGCUCGGACUUUCCAGCGGGCCUCUGUGUAAAACUGAGAAUGGGUUCUGGGAAACACCGUUAAAAGAGAGCAACUUCACCUACAUAUCUAAUUUCAACUUGUGGACUCGGUGCAUAGAGCCAAAGAAGGUGGUCCAGUUCAACAUGGGCCUGUUCAUCACUCUGAUGGUGGCCAGCAUCCUGCAGGCGCUGCUCUGCGUCAGUCAGAUCAUCAAUGGCUUCAUUGGAUGUCUUUGUGGAACCUGCAAUGAAUCAGAGGUCAUGAGAGUCGGGUAA